AUCAACUAUCACUAUGGCAACAGGAGCCUCUGGAAAGUAAAAGAAAAAAAAAAUCCCAAACUGUCAACUGGAAUCAAAGAGGUUUGCAAGGGAAAAAAGGUGGAGGCUGAAAUGAACAUGAGGCUGGAGCAAGGGCCAGAGCAAAGAGAAAUGAUCGUACAGAAGCUGAACAAACAAGAGAGAAAGGAAACAAUAAGCAAAACAGAGGGCAGAGACGUGGCUCGCAUAGGAAAGAGGAAGGCAGGAAGGAGCAAACAUAAAAGUCACGAACAUGUUCAAAUGGGAAAGAUUUAUGCCAUUUCUUGUAAGCACUGUAUUUUAGGUGCCAUUUAGUAACUUGGCAAGGGAUGGCUUGGGUUUGUGGUCAUUAUCUCUUCUGCUCAGAAUAAGUCAGUUGGUUGACAGCAGGGAUGAGCAAAUCUCUUCAGGAAGGCCAGAGGCCUUGCUAACCUUCUGCCAGAAGUCCAGACCAAGCCACAGACUGCAUCCCAGGACCAUUAUCCAGCUGACCUUCGGGAUCCACCCCACAAGCUUGCAUGCCAACAAUGGCGUUCCUGAGCUAAGCUCCAGCAUCUGGCUCAUGUUUCCCUCAGGAUGAGUUCUCCUGCCUCAGGAGGCUCUUAGUUGUCAGGCAAACAGGCUGCAACUGAGCUCACCCACAACUUCCAGAUGUGUCUGAAUCCAAGCCUGAAUUUAAGCUGGAACUCCUAGAGAAAGCAUUUUAAAGUAUGAUUUGUGUUGUGUGUUGAAUACCAGUAAUUCAGCUAAGAAGAGCUGUGGAUGAAGAAUAGUCCUUUUUAUAGCGAAGCCAGACCCAAUUUUCUGUGGAGCUGAAAUUUCACCAGAGGUCUCAUAAUGGGAUUAAUUUUACGAUACGCUACAGCACCAACUGAUAUUGAAAGUGGAACUGUCUAUGAUUGUGGCAAACUGACCUUCAGUCCAUCAACUCUGCUGGUUAACAUCACUAACCAAGUUUAUGAGUAUAAAUACAAGAGAGAAAUAAGCCAGCACAACAUCAGUCCUCACCAAGGCAAUGCUAUACUUGAAAAGAUGACAUUUGACCCAGAAAUCUUCUUCAAUGUUUUACUGCCACCGAUUAUAUUUCAUGCCGGAUAUAGUCUAAAGAAGAGACACUUUUUUCAAAACUUAGGCUCUAUUUUAACAUAUGCCUUCUUGGGAACUGCCAUCUCCUGUAUCGUCAUAGGGCUAAUUACGUAUGGUUUUGUGAAGGGUAUGAUACAUGCUGGCCAGUUGAAAAACGGAGACUUUCAUUUCACUGACUGUUUAUUUUUUGGUUCACUGAUGUCUGCUACAGAUCCAGUGACGGUGCUGGCCAUUUUCCAUGAACUGCAUGUCGACCCUGACCUGUACACACUCUUGUUUGGGGAGAGUGUGCUGAAUGACGCAGUGGCCAUAGUCCUUACAUAUUCUAUAUCCAUUUACAGUCCCAAGGAGAAUCCCAAUGCGUUUGAUGCUGCAGCAUUCUUCCAGUCCGUGGGGAAUUUCCUGGGGAUCUUUGCUGGCUCAUUUGCAAUGGGAUCUGCAUACGCAGUUAUCACAGCACUGCUGACCAAAUUCACCAAGCUGUGUGAAUUCCCAAUGCUGGAAACAGGCCUGUUCUUCCUCCUCUCGUGGAGUGCCUUCCUGUCCGCCGAGGCCGCCGGCCUGACAGGAAUAGUUGCUGUUCUCUUCUGUGGAGUCACACAGGCACAUUAUACUUACAACAAUCUGUCGUCAGAUUCCAAAAUGAGGACUAAACAGUUGUUCGAAUUUAUGAACUUUUUGGCUGAGAACGUCAUCUUCUGUUACAUGGGCAUGGCACUGUUCACGUUCCAGAAUCAUAUCUUUAAUGCACUUUUUAUACUUGGAGCCUUUCUAGCAAUUUUUGUUGCCAGAGCCUGCAACAUAUAUCCCCUCUCCUUCCUCCUGAAUCUGGGCCGAAAACAGAAGAUCCCCUGGAACUUUCAGCACAUGAUGAUGUUUUCAGGUCUGCGAGGAGCGAUCGCGUUCGCCUUGGCAAUUCGGAACACAGAGUCUCAGCCCAAACAGAUGAUGUUUACCACCACGCUGCUCCUCGUGUUCUUCACCGUCUGGGUGUUUGGGGGAGGAACGACCCCCAUGCUGACCUGGCUCCAGAUCAGAGUUGGUGUGGACCUGGAUGAAAAUAUGAAGGAGCCCUCUUCACACCAGGGAGCAAAUAAUUUGGAUAAAGGCACAACAAAAACAGAGAGUGCCCGGCUCUUCAGGAUGUGGUAUGGCUUUGACCACAAAUACCUGAAACCGAUUUUAACCCACUCCGGUCCUCCACUGACCACAACAUUACCUGAAUGGUGUGGUCCAAUUUCCAGGCUGCUCACUAGUCCUCAGGCCUAUGGGGAAGAGCUAAAAGGGGAUGAUGUGCAAUGCAUUGUCAACCAGGACGAACUGACCAUCAAUUACCAGGAGCAAGCCCCCUCACCCUGCAGUCCUCCUGCAAGGCUGGAUCUGGACCAGAAAGCUUCGCCCCAGGCUCCAAGGAAAGAAAACAUUUAUGAGGGAGACCUUGGCCUAGGAAGCUAUGAACUCAAGCUUGAGCAAACUCCAGGUCAAUCCCAGUUGAAUUAAUUGGCACCAAGAGUACAGAUGUAAUCACAAGUAAUGCAAGGCUCACUGAGGAGCAUAAGCCAAGCUGAUGAGGCAGUGCACGGGAGAGGCUGGAAAUAUAUUAGGAGCAUAAAUUGGAGAGAAUCAAAGCCUUGUCUCAUAUAUCCUCUGGUGCCUGAAGAAAUGAGAAUUUAUUGUCAUCCCUCAAUAUUAUGCAACUGAGUUUAAUCUUUUGAAAGCCGCCAUUUCUAUUACUGGAUUGCCUGGGGCAUGGGUGGCGGAGUCAGGAGUCCAGCUGCUGGGAGGGUGGGACAGUGGUGCUGGGUCUACAGGGGUUUCUGCUCUGCAUGCAGCUCUCCAGGCCUUUCACCUAGAUUUUGGGUUUUGUUCCCUUUAUUAGGGAAAGUUCAAAAAUAAGAGUUUCUAAAAGACUAAACAUUUUCCUCCCAAGCUGAAGGAAACGUCCAGUUACUUAGUGAUAAGUUUUAUGUUUCAGACGUGACACCCACUUUCUCUCAAUGAUCCCAGGGCUACAUGCAGAGCCCAGAGAAGUGUUCAGUGCCCACUGUUGAUGGCCUCAGAACCCACACCAAGUCGGGGAACCUCCUGUUCUUGUUGGCAUCCUUUCCAUGCUACUUCUCCCAUUGGUCCAAGGGGUUGCUUACAGCUGGGUGUGUCCUGCUGCAAAAUGCAAUGCCACUUUCCAGUUCGGUCGGACUCCUUUCAGGGAAAACAGACUCCACCCCCCAUAUCAUGUUUUACCUGAAAAAUGAGCCUCUUGUCCUUGCUUACAUGGGAGUCACUUCUUGGCUCUAUAUCAGGUCCCCUGUAUGCUGGGUAAUAAGAUUCCAUAGUGUGUGUUGUCCUCCAUAUAGCAGGAGGCUGUGCAGGAACCUGAAAUCCCCACCACACCCCCUUCUAGCACUCACAGCUGAUUAGCAGCCAAGAUCAGGGGUGGGAGGAGCAGGGCUGACCACGCAUGGUUCAUGCUGAGGAGCCAAGGACAGGGCCUGAGGACUCCCCAGGACGAGGUGUGGCUCACGGUAUACAUUCCAGAGAUCAACAUGAUAGCUUGUAAUUCAGCUGCAUGACCUGUGCCUUUUAAGCCAUAAGAUACCUCAAAAGCCUAGCUUCUCUUAUAAAUACAGAUGUUAAUAUGCUAUUCCAAAAAGCAGGCUCCCGUCUUAGGUGUGCAGGCUAUGACGAGUCUGCUUUUGAGGGAGAUGGGGUAUGAGAUCUUCCUCACGCCUAAAGCUUGAAAGUAACGAACGCUUUGCUGAUCACUUAUUAGGCCUUAAACAUUUACCGUGGUGGUGUCAGGCACACUACGAUACGCAAUUUUCUUGCUUUCCAAAUAGUAGAAUCUUGGCACAUUGUUUUAUAUUCGACUAAGUGUAAUUUUGUCAUUUCAGGUAAAUAUGGCAAGUGGUGAAGCAUGAAGUUUUCUAAUUUGACUUAAUCCUAAUAAAAUUUUGUUAUAAAGUA